CAAAUUUAAAAUAGGCGGGCUUUUAUUUUUUUCUUCUUUCACAUAAUACAUAUGGAUUUCCGUGUACGGUGUUGACUGACAACGAAGUCAUAGCAGAGCAUAUACUUUGUUAAUUAAACACCAUUCAUUCUUAGCCAAGUGCUCAUGUCAAAGAGUUGUCUAUGUCAACUCCCCACCUUUUAUACCUGGCUUAUUUCUAUGAAUAAAAGACCUCCACAAGAGUCACGAGGAGGAGUUGCAAAAACCUCUUUGUUGUAUUUACCAGGAAAGAAUCGUUUUAUUAUAAAGGGGAUUGUUUCAUAUAGUCAGUGAAACAAAGCGUCAACAGGUCUUGGUAUUUCCUUCUCCUUUGACCCCAAAAACUAAACUGACAGACUCCUACGGUCCUUUUUGCUUUAUUAACAUAUACAUACUUACAUGUUUCUUGGAAAGAAUAUUUAAGGUCAAAAAGAAAAGUUCCUCCAUUUGUCCACCCAAAGCGAUAAAAUUUCUCUCAACCUUUUGAUAUUUCGAUGAAAGGCUUGGACGAUUCUUUGGUCUAAACUAUUCAACACCAAUGAGACCCCCUUUUACUACACUUAUACUGCAUACGUGGAAAGAACAUGGAAAACCAAAACCUUGGAAAAAGUUGUUUCUAGACACCGAGGAGGAAGAAGAAAGUGAAACGAAAAGAAUACAGGACAAGACAAAGGAAAACUUGUCAAGUUACAAAGCAAGGAAUUCACAUAGAGUGGUGAGGUCAGUUUCUUUAGAUCAAAUCUCUUCCAAAAAGCUUUCUCCAGUUCUUGCUUUGGAUAUGGGAGAUGACUCGGGUCACCUUGUAACUAUUCGAAAAUCUCAUAGCAUAGCAGAGGGCUUAUCUUGCUCGUCAGAAGAGUCUCGUCUCAUGAAGAGGCACUCACCGUUAUGGAAAAAGAAUGAAGAGAGUUUUGAAAAGUUUUCAUCUUUCAUAGGAGUUGCUAAAAAGUCAAGAAGCUUUCAUGAAGGCUUAGUUGCAAAGAAAGAACCCUGUUUAAACAAACCGCCUUGUUAUUCUUCCCCCAACGUUGGGAAAGAAAGUCCUUGGUGGAAAACUUCUUCUGAAGAGGUACGGUUCGAUUACCGAAAGCUGCGGUGUAACAACAACAACAACAACAACACGUUCUCUUCCACUCAGUCCGUUACCCCAAGUUUCUAAAAGCUGUUGUGGGAUGGUGUUUUGUCUUUCCUAACUCUUUGAUAUUCUUACUUGUGAUAGGCUUUUUUUGGACGAUUUUGUGUGAAUAUAUUUGAAACAACAUAAACUCAAAGAAGAGCUUUGCUUUCACAAAGUUUCUUUUUUCCGUUUACUGUAUGUUCUCUCUAUUGACAAUUUCACUCUUUAAAAGUUCCAACUCACUUUGUCCACUCCU